AUUAUCUCAUUUGCUUCCACGGAAAAAAAUAGUAACGCUAGUUUGCUAAUUCUUCCACAUUAGCAGACUUAAUGGAAAACGGCGACGACUGGUUGGCCGCCGACAAACUGUAUCACGUUCUUUUCUGCUUCUUCAUUUCCGUCGUUUGCUCUCUACUCGCGGCAAGGACUCGCUACCCAUUCCUCCGCCGCCGCAGUAUUUGGAUCGGAUCACUCCUAUCAUUUGCGGCCGGCGCCGCUAAGGAGUUUGCCGACGAAUUGGGCUAUUUCGAAUCAGCUGGUGCAUCUGCCAAGGAUGCGGUUGCUGAUUUGAUCGGGAUUCUACUCGCUGCAGUGAUUCUCUACCUGUUCAAUUAUAGGGCAUCAGGGGCUAUCUGGCUGGAUCAACACCGGGAGCUUGACAUGGUUUGAAUAAUUGAAUUGGUGAUGACAGCGUUGUUUGAGAUUUUGCUGCUCAAGGAUUUAGGUGAUUGUUGUUGUUCGUUGGCAUAUUUGGAUUCAUGGAUUACUUCGUUA